CGGGGUAUCCUCGAUUUCAUGAGAUGUGCUGAAGAAGCCAGUGAACCCCCCUAACUUCUAGGAACCGGUUGCAAUACAGCCGGGAAACACUCUUCUCCGACUGAACCUGUAGCAAAAGACGCUUAACGUUAACGAUGAGGACACCUCGAGCUCCGCGUGGUUCUAAUACCCAGUCGGUAAAACGAGUGGAAAAGAGAGGGUGGUCUGGCAACGCUAUUCGUCCUUAUAUUGCAAUCGAAACCAAUACAUUGAAGUUCCUUAGGGUUGAUACAACGGCUAAGUUGGAUAAUUGGUUAAUCUAUAAGGGCGAAAUUUGGUGUCGCUACCCUGGUUGUGUACACCGAGUUCAGUUCAUUCUGUUUACAAGUCACCAUAGUAUACUUAUCGUAACCUUCCGGGCUGUCAAAAUCCAAAAAGGCCAGACUCAGGCGGUCCCAACGGGCCAGGAACAACAUAUGAAUGUACUUGUUACUUGAAGAGACAUUUUCAAGCUAAUAUAACUCUAGGGAGAGAAGGGAAAGGCGAGGGAAAGGGAUGAGAAACAACUACAAGUUGAGACCGCGAUCAAAAAAAUGAACUUAGAGUAGGGAUACCGGUGGGUACCCAGAUGAUACAAGUCGAGAGAAGUUGUGAUUGUUGAGAUAUGGAUGCGACCUGGCGGAUGGAGAG